AUGUCUCAGCCUGUGGCCCUCUCCGCCGGGCUCGGCGCUGCGGCGCUCGGAUGCGCAUUCCUGGCGCCAGGCACGUCGCCAGAGGCACGUGCCCCUCGGGCCCUGCGUGGUGCCUCCCAGGCUCCCCAGGGUGCCGCGUUGAGCAGUGCUGCGUCUUCUACUGUGGCUGCGACCAGCAGCGCCCUUCCUCUGGUCGGCGCGGGGCUUUUGGGUGCGGGGGCGGCAGCGCGCCGCUCUGCUCGCCAGGCUCGGAGAGCGAGGGCCCGAUGUGUGCGGCUGGCGGAGAGCCGGUCCACACAGCUGCAGAAGUUGGUACACCUGGGAGGCAGCCCAGAAGAGAAGGCCCUCGUGGUGAAUCUGGAUAGCAACUUCUACGGCAGUUUCGCAGAGAUCGGAGCUGGCCAGGAGGUGUCGCGAACCUUCCUGCAAGCCGGUGCAGCUGCCGGCACGGUGGCGCGGUCAAUCUCCGCCUACGACAUGAAGAUGUCCGAUCUGGACUAUGGAAAGGCCGCGCGCUAUGUCACCCGAGAGAGGGUGCAGCAGAUGCUGGACAAGGAGUACGAUGUGGUGGAGAAGAACCUCCGAUCUACCAAAGGUGAAAGUGCGCGGUUCUUCUCCUUUGCCAGUACCCUCGCAGCGAAGGCCUACAUGUCGGACCGGGAGUGCGAAGGUUGGGUGGGCCUCAAGUACCAGGCCGAGUGCGGCGCAGCACCGAGCACGGUGAUCCUGCACAUCCGCAUGAGCCAGCCCACGGCGCAGCAGCAGGGGGAGGCCAUCGGCGUCCUGGGCACCAACCUCAUCUACAACUGCUACUCCAUGUCCGACCCCUACCUGAUCACGUCCUUCCUACUUGAUGGGAUGUCUCUGAGCGACCAGACAACCGGCGGCGGCAGGAUCGAGGUUGACUUUAUCGACUUCAGUGGCCCCGCCUUCCCGAAAGAGUCUGUGGACGCGCGGCUCCUAGCCUUCCGCAUGGUGCAGCUGCGCAUCGCCAACGGGGUCCUCAUGGAGCCCAGCUCUGAUGGCUACAAGAUGGUGGUGCCCAACAACGCGCUUUACAAGCGCCCGGUUAUUGUGGAGCGGUCCCGCUUCAAGCCCUGCACGAGCAUGCACACAGAGGUCAUCGAGACGGCCGCGCGACGGCUGAAGGAGGAGCAGACGGAGGGCAAGGAUCCCAUGAAAAUCCUGAACGUGCAGAUCGAUGACAUCACCGCGCCAGUCGCCAAGGAGGUGAUCCCACAGCGCAUGCAGAACAUGAGGAAGCUCGCAAGCGACGAGGAUCUCGGCGGCACCCUGAGCCUUGAUGAUUUCGGCGCUAUGGUUGGGGACCGCCUCAGUGAGGAAGAGGUCCACACAAUCUUCAACCAGCUGUCCGGCGGAGCGGGAGAGGCUUCCGUGGAUGCCUUGUUGAACCUCACAUCAGAUGAGAGGAGUAUUCUGGCGACCGACUUCCUGCAACGCUUCGAGAUGCUCGAGACUCUGAAGUACCCCGUGCUGGUCUCGAACAUCCAGAGGACCCACCAGUUGGUCCGCUACUUGAGCCGGUACACGAACCAGAACGUCAUCAUCGCGGUUGGCGGAGGCGGCUACUCCCUGAAGCGGGCCCUCUUCAACCCGGAGAGCUACGCCAACUCCGAGGGUGGGAUGUUGGCGGCCUUUGGAAGCCUCUUCCAGAAUGGAAAGACGAGGAUCUUCACGUACCCGAGCGUCGAUGACGAAGGCAACGUGAACCCUGCGUCGGUGCCGUCCGACGACGAGCAGAAGCUCUACGAGUACUUGGAGUCGAAAGGCUACAUCCAGCCGCUCACCUCCGCCUACCUCAGUGCCGAGGCCCGAGAUCCGCAAACAAAUCAGGCCUUCACCAUGGGAGCUGCAGAGGUUGGCGAGCUGAUCCAGAAGGAUGCAUCGAACUCCGAUUGGGAAAAAUUCGUCCCGGCCGGCGUGGCGAGCACCUGCAUAUCGCACAGGUGGUUCGACCGGCUGACAUCGGGGAAGACGCUUUCGAAAGAUGCGUACAAGGUCUUGAACGACCUCUGA